AUGAUAAAAGAUGAUGGAACAGUUAUUCAUUUCAACAAUUCAAAAGUCCAGGCUUCACUCUCUGCAAAUACUUUUGCAACUACUGGUCAUGCUGAAGCCAAACCAAUCAUGGAAAUGUUACCUGGCAUUUUAAGUCAACUGGGUGUUGAUAGUUUAACAAGUCUUCGAAAGUUAGCGGAACAGUUCCCAAGACAAGUGUUGGAUAGCAAAGUACCAAAAUCAGAAGAUAUUGAUGAGGAAGAUGAUGAUGUGCCUGAUCUUGUAGAAAACUUUGAUGAAGCAUCAAAAAAUGAAGCUAAUUAAUUCAU